AUGUCAACUGCCACCAUUACCCUGGCCCCGAGUGCGGCAGAGGCCUCUCUAGAGGUGAAACCUGACAUGACAGAAAAGUCAGGGGUGACGGCACUUUCGACUGGGGGCUAUGAGUUUCCCGGCAUUCCCGAUAUACCUGAUCUGUACAAGAAACGACAAUGGCAGCUUGAGCACAUGGCUGGUGCAUUUCGAGUAUUUGCUCGCAAAGGCUUCACCGAGGGUACCAGUGGACAUAUCAGCGUUCGCGACCCAGUAGACCCUAACACUUUUUGGAUCAACCCGCUUGGUAAGCAUUUUGGUAUGCUCAAGGCCAGCGACAUGGUUCACAUCGAUGAAAACGGUCAAGUCAUCGGUGGUAACAGGGCCGCCGUGAAUGCAGCGGGCUUUAUGAUUCACAGUGCGAUACAUAAAGCGCGCCCCGACAUUCACGCAGCUUGCCAUACACAUUCACCCGCUGGGAAAGCUUGGUCAACUUUUGGGAGACCGCUCGACAUUAUCAGUCAGGACACGUGCAACUUCUGGGGUAUCCAAGCUGUCUACAAAACGUUUGGUGGUGUGGUGUUGGAGGCGGACGAGAGCGAAAAGAUUGCGGCAACCCUUGGCGAGAAGGGCCGCGUGAUUGUGCUGCAAAAUCAUGGAUUGUUGACAACUGGGGGUACAGUCGACGAAGCAGCGUAUUUGUUCACGUUGAUGGAGAAGUCGUGCGAGGUUCAGAUCAUGGUGGAAAGCACAGGGCUACCUAAGAACUUCAUCGGAGACAAUGAAGCUGAGUUUACUGCUAAGGUUAACGCUGAUCCGGAGACAUUAUACACAGAAUUUCAACCCGACUUUGAGUAUGAGAUCUGGAAAUCAAGAGGAGAGUUGCAUAAGGGGGAUUAG